UACACAACACUUGGGGAAAAGGGCGAGUCCGCCUUGUGUUGAAGGCGGGAUCAAAACUGGAGGCGGGACAUAGCUUCCCGAUCAGCCAAUGAGUAUUUCCAUAGCGUCACUCGCAACCAAUGAGUGGACGAGUACAACGACAGGAGGCGGGGGGAGCGGUUGCUGAGGAAGGAAAAGGAAGAAGAAGGUGCGAGAGAGAUUCGUGCCGCAAUAAAUCUAUUGUCUCAAGGUGCCGUCAGAUGCGCUCCAUCUCCAUUUUUGGUGUGUUCUUGUAGAGACGGAAGGAAAUCCCGUAUGCCAAAACUGUGUGUGAUGCUGAUGAAACGGAAGACAGAUGGAGGAGGUUGGUGUCUAGCAGCAAAGAUGAUCUCCCUGGGAUUCUACCAGCCAUCUAGACUCCUGAUGUCUUAAUUAACUUUGUGGACUGAAGAACAUCCCAAGUGGUCUAGUUCCGUCCACCCCCUUCUGUGGCCCCCUGCCCGCGGUGCAGCCAAGAUGAAGGUGCUCAUAGCCAAGGUGCUGUGUCUCCUGGGGGUGUUUGUGCUCAUGCUGGGUGGCUCGCUCCUGCCCGUGAAGAUCAUCGAGGCCGACUACGAGAAGGCUCAUCGCUCCAGGAGGCUCCUUGCCCUCUGCAAUUCCUUUGGAGGGGGCGUCUUCCUGGCGACCUGCUUUAAUGCGCUGCUUCCUGCCGUGCGAGAAAAGCUCCAAGAAGUCCUGAAGGCUGGAGGUGUGACCACAGACUACCCCCUGGCUGAAACCAUCAUGCUGCUGGGCCUGUUCCUGACCAUCUUUUUGGAGCAGCUGAUCCUGACAUUCCGGAAGGAGAAGCCGUCCUUCAUUGACCUGGAGACCUUCAACGCCGGUUCGGACAUCGGCAGUGACUCCGAGUACGAGAGCCCUUUCAUUGAAACUUCCUGGGGGCGGCACCAUCCCGGCGAGCACAGCCACCAUGCCCACAGCCACGGCCUGAAUGUCCACGAGCUGUCCCGUUCCAGCCCGCUGCGGCUCUUCAGCCUGGCCUUUGCCUUGUCCACCCACUCUAUCUUUGAGGGCCUGGCCCUGGGCCUGCAGGAGGAAGGUGACAAGGUGGUCAGCCUUUUCCUAGGCGUGGCCAUCCACGAGACGCUCGUGGCGGUGGCCCUGGGCAUCAAUAUGGCCAAGACGGCCCUGACGAUGAAGGACGCCGCCAAGCUGGCCAUCGUUGUCAGCUUGAUGAUCCCGGUGGGCAUUGGGAUUGGCGUGGGCAUCGAAAGCGCCCAGAACGUGGCCAGCAGCGUGGCCUCGGUGCUCCUGCAGGGCGUUGCGGCAGGCACCUUCCUCUUUGUCACUUUCUUUGAGAUUCUGGGCAAGGAGCUGGAAGACAAGAGCGACCGCCUGCUCAAAGUCCUCUUCUUGGUGCUGGGGUACGCGGCGUUAGCAGGGCUCGUCUUCUUCAAGUGGUGAGGAGUCAGCUGCUGUCCCCUUCCGCACCCUUUGCCUUGCCUUCUGGAUGGGAAACAGGACCCUGCUCCUAAAGAUAGGGAAGGAUAAAUCCAAGUGGAACGGGAGAUGGAGGAGGGACAGUUGCACGGCAGGGCUGUGUGGUCUGCACAGUAGGCCUUCUCCAGUCGGCCUGGUGUUGGCAGGGUGCUUGCCAAGGCGAUUGGAAGCACUGUUUCUACAGCCACCUCUAACACCCUCAGGGAGACAUUUGCCGCCAGACCAAUCCCAUCCCUUGCUAUCAUCCACAUUGUUGAAUACCUGAAACAAAUGAACCCAGCGGGCAGGGUUGGCACAUCUUGGAGCAACCCCACCGGUUUUGCAAUCCUCUUUUAAAGUCUCGCAGCCAGCCAAAGUCCCCCGCAGUCAAAGAGGCGACGUCUCAACUUUUUGUUGCAGGACCAGAGAACAUGAGGCCAUUCCCCUCCAGUUCUAACUGGGCUUUUUUGUUUGUUUGUUUAUAGGCAACAACCCAGUUCUUGCGUUUUGCGGUCAGAAACAUUUGGUGAAAGAAGUACAUGGGACCAUUUGCAAUUUCCCCCUUUGAUAUAGGUUGCACUCAGGAAGGUUUUAUGAACGAUGUGCCCCCCCCCCCCUACUUUGCAGCUCUCAUUGUGCCAAGCUGACCCUUCCAAGUCUUCCAAAAAAUUUCUGGCACGUUUUUCUGGCCAGACGUUGAUGCCAUGUGGAGUACUUCUAGGCUGGGACCCUUGUAUGAUACACAAAAAGGCCUGUUUGGCUGGGGGGGGGAGGGGUUUGCUCCCCCAAAGCCAUUGACCAAUGAGUUUCCUUAGGCAUAUCCAAUAGCUCAGGGGUCUACAACCUGUGG